UUGCAAGAAACACAAAUGUCAGUUUUUUAAAUAAUAAUCUCCUCAAUACUUUUCACUUUGACUGCUCUAAUAUUUUGAUUUUUAUAUAUUUUCGAAUGGAAGUAGACGCAGGUUUUUAUAAUCGUGAAGAUGAAAAACAAGAAACAUCGCAAUGGCAAUUAAGCUUUUCCAGUUUUCCCUUACAGCUUGAACGGAGGUCAUCAAAAUAUAAAAACGUAAACCAGAAGCAUCACGUAAAUUUAGUCAAGAAGCAAGAAUGGUCAUCACAUCGGAGGGUCGUACAGGCCACGAAAUUUGAACAUACCGAAAAGAAAUUCGACAAUUCUUUAUGGGACGCAGACAUUGACAUGCUGGCCGAAUCGACUACUGCCCCACCCGUUGUUCAUGUUCUCACGGCCAGAAGUAUUCAAGACAUCGAACCCAACCGCGAUAGUGCAAUUAUGAUAACAUCGAAUGCAUUUUUAUACGUGUUUAGAGGUUUGUUUACGUUUAAAAUCAUGAGACACAUUGAGAAGGUAGUUAAAGCACCCAUUCACUUCAUAGAUUAUAAUCAGCACGCAUGGUUCUACUUUUGGCCGAUCUAUUUUUCAAACUUUUAUCUCGGAAAUAUUUAUACAAAUUUAUUUUUUACUCUAAACUUUGUGAUGGAGUUUUUGUCAAUAAUUGUAACGUAUUUCUGUUUGAUCGAAGUGAUCGUGUGUCAGUGGAAAUGGGCAAAGCGAUGGACAUUAACAGCUUUUCUGACGUGCCUUGCAAUUGUAAUAUAUUCCAUAACCGCUUACAACCAGCGUCUGGUUUUUUGUUUACUCUGUAAAUUUUUAGUGAGCCUCGUCGAAGUUUUAGUUAUUUAUUGGAUGUAUCCAGUGGAAAGACUCUUGGAUGAUAUUACAUUCCGAUAUGGAUUGUCGCCGACUCGAUUCCGGAUUCUCAACCUACGUAUCGUACCCGUGUAUUACCUCUUUAAAUGCUACCUGUUUAUUAAAUAUUUCGUUCAAAUAACAAUCAAAGCAAACUUUGGCAAUAUCUUCAAGUACUACUUUUGGACGUGGUCCAUUAUUUUGAUUCCUGUGUUAUUUGGUGGACUGUACAUAAUUUUAGUUUACGUAUUUAAAUACAAGAAAAGUUGGCUAUUAGUGUUUUCUCCUGAUUGCUGUUGGGGUCCAAAGGAUCCUAUCGUCCUGUAUUUAAGAAAAUUGUAUGAUUCAAGAGUAUACAUACGAUGCCAGGCGACAAGAAUUUUGAGUCGAUAUUUAAUAUCAAAGUCGGAACCUAAAGAAUAUGUAUUAGACAUUAAUUACAAUGAAAGUUUGCGUACUACUGCAAUCAAUACUGCCACUCUCCAAUCGGAAGUUGAAAAAGAAAGUAAAAAAAGCCUUUAAGAUAGCAAUGGAACACACUAUGUCAAUACAAAUCAACACUUUGUCUUCGGAGACGUCUACGACAAUGAAAAAUAAGAUAAUUAGAUGUUUGUUUCAAGAAAAAGACAAAGUAAAUUUAUUAUUUAUUUAAAA